AUGGCUUCAAUGCAAAAAAUAAGAGAAGGAAUUUUCAAGAUUUCUUGGAAGAGUCCACAACAAAGUUAUAAUAAUAAACAUGUGGAAGAAAAUUGGCCAGAAAUCGCUGAAUCGUUAACACUCGAGUCGUAUAAGAACGAUUUUAGAAAAGAAAUUGUUCUUAAGAUUGAAAUUGUAUUUGCUCCAGAAAAAAAGCCCAAAAAUCUGGACAGUGUUAUCAUUUUGGCCAGCAAAGAUGGUGUGAACCAAACAAUGAAGUUGAAAAAUUCAAAAUGGGAAGCUACCUUCAGUAACGAACAAGCACAACGAUGUUGCGGCAAAAGUGCAUUUUACUUUGAAUUGGUAAUUGAUUUAAAAUCUGAUUCCAUUGCGAAAAAAGAAUCGAAGCAUGUCCUCGAUAAUCUUUGGAUUGAAAAGACGCUGGCUGACGUAACAUUCAAGUUUGAGGAAAAAGUCAUCAAAGCUCACAGCGCAAUUGUUGCCUCCGGAAGUCCCGUAUUUUGCGCCAUGUUCCAAAAUGACUUCAAAGAAAAGAUAGAAAGAACUGUGGAAAUCAAAGAUAUCCAGCCGAACGUUUUCGAUCAUCUUCUUCGCUACAUCUACACGGGGGACGCUGACCUGGACAACGUAGAUGUUCCUGGACUGCUGGUGGCUUCCGAUAAAUACGGAAUGGGUUCAUUGAAAGAAGAGUGUUUAUUGCGUCUCUCACAAACUGUCAACGUUGAAAAUGCCGUCCAAAAUCUUGUCUUAGCUCGCCUUCACAAUUCAACCAGUCUGCACCAAUCUACGUUGGAUUUCAUGUCGGAGAAUUCGAAAACUAUUUGCUGCCGAAAAGACUGGAUUGAGCUGAUCCAAAAUCAUCCGGACCUUAGCUUUGUGGCAAUGCAGAUGAUGUUGAUGGGCCGUGCUGUUGAUGGAAAGUACAACAACAUUUGGUCUUAA